GUUGGGCCACACAACGACUCGGGGAUAUUCACGAUAUUGGGAUUGCAUACAUGGUACAGAAAUAUGCGACAUACAGUGAACCUACACAAUCAGAGCGGACCAAUGAUAUCCGCAUACUGAAGAUAAAAAUCCCGAUCCUCUUGACUCCAUUCCGCCGGCCAACCGCCCACUUUUUGUGGGCGAGCUUGAAGACCAAAGCUCCUAUGAUCAGGUAGAAAAGGCGGUGGUGAUUCGGAAGGAGCGCAAUCUGGCACAGGGGAUGGAGGGAGCACCCGACCCAGUCCAACGAUACGCUGAUCCUUCGCAACCUUGCGGCGAGUGCCAGGCCCACGAUGAAGUGCGUUCCAGGCUUUCUGGUAUGCUACAUUCUUCUCUCUAUUCCGUAUAUAUGCACGAUGACGCUUCUCCGCCUUCGACUCCUUUUUCACAGCCUUCACCGGCAAAGCAGGUUUGGAUUUCUCCCCUUCA